AAACUGUGCUGAAAGAAAAGCUCAUCCAGACAGUGUGAAGUGACAUGCUCUGGAUUUUAGGAAACUAAAUGCGCACUGGAGGAGGGAGCAGCACUUUAUACUUUCAGAGCUCUUUGGACUUGUUAUUUUGAAUCUCGUCGACGUCUUGCCAAAGAUGACAGAAAAAUCAUGCCACGUUUGAGAGAUGACGCCGUGUGAUGGGCUGAGCAAAUCCUCAUCCUGCUCGUGCGUACUCACAGCUGCUUCCAGACCGAAAAGUUACUGAAGUUGUCUUUCCUUCCAGAUUUUUUAUUAUUAUUAUUAUUAUUAUUAUUAUUUUCAAAUCCUCCGACUCGCUCAGCCCACUCGCCCUGCUGUCCGCCGGCCCGCCCCAGCAUGCUGGACUGACGUCUGAGGAAUGGCAUCGGCCGUGUUUGAAGGCACGUCGCUGGUCAACAUGUUUGUUCGGGACUGCUGGGUCAACGGGAUCCGGAGACUCAUCAUCAGCCAGCGGGGAGAGGAAGAGGAGUUCUUCGAGAUCCGGACGGAGUGGUCCGACAGGAACAUUUUAUACUUGCAUCGGAGUUACGCCGAUCUGGGGCGGCUGUUUAAGAGACUGGUGGAGUCCUUUCCUGAGGACAGAAGAGAGCUGUCCAAGUCUCCGCUGAUAGAAGGGCUGGUAAAAAUCAAAGAGGCCAGCGAUAUUGAGGAGAAAUUGAAUGAGGUGGAACGGCUACUGAAGAACGCCAUCAACAUGCCGUGCAAGUAUUCCAGGUCGGAGGUGAUGUUGACUUUCUUUGAGCGAUCGCCGCUGGACCAGGUGCUGAGGAACGACAAAGUCCACAGAAUCCAGCCGUGCUUCCAGAGUCCAUACAAAAUAUCCGAAAUCAUGCGGUCAAAUGGAUUCUGUCUGGCCAACACAGAGACCAUCGUAUUUGAUCACAGUCUCCCUGAAGAAAAAGAGAGACCCUCCUCCACUGACUCUGUGGAACAUACGUAUGAGGAUGGAACCGAGUUUCUGCCAAUGGAAGCAGACCUGUGUGAGGAGGAAACAGAAGCGUAUGUCACCAACCUUUCCUACUACCAUCUGGUCCCAUUUGAAACUGACAUCCUGGAAUGAACAAGUGAUGCCUGUUGAUGGACAUCUGAUGCUGCCACAGAGGAAUACAUACUCUUAAAGGGAACCUGGCUAUGCAACGCUGCACAUAGCUGCUCCAAGUAAAUGCUGCUCGUCCUGGUAAAUUUCGGGCAGCACCACUUUUUUUGCCACUUUAAGCGACGUCACCAGUGUGCCUCAUUCAGAGCCUUACAAGAGUGUGUGAAGAAGAAACUUGACAGGAUUGUCUGUAUGUCGGCUGCAGAGGGCUUUAAUGUAUUUCACGCAACCUGUGGCAGCAACAGUGAAGCCCCUUUCAGUCCCGGAGCAGAUGCAAACAGCUGGAGAGGUUUCAGAAGAAUUCAUCUAAGAGGAGAAAGGGCCACACAUCAACCUGAACUUGGAGUCACAUUUACAGUAUUGGACCUUUCACUGUUACUGAAAAACAUAGCAGUAUCAACCAGCACUCUGUCUUUUUUAUAUCUCGGUUGUCUCAUCUUUGGCGUUCAUUCUCCGGUUUGCCAGGAGGAACAUCCGCCUGUCGUCUACUCAUUUAAACCUUUUCUUUGUCCACGGUGUCGCCACUCUGGUGUUUUAUUCCUGCGGGAAUACAGGAAGCUGUCACGAAGCUUUGCGUAUGAUGUUUGUUUACGGUGCGAUUUUCACCAGAACUUUUUUUAUUUGUAAAAUACCAGCUUAAAACUUCAGCAUAAAAAUAUGCAAAAAUAAUGAAGCUUUUUAUGCUAAUAGAAUAAACAUACAGUAUACCGUAUAUGCGUGUGUUUUACUUGGUUCUUGGAUUACUGUCAAAUUACAGAAAAUACACAUUAAGACAUCAUUUUGCCACAACUUUCCAAAGUGAGAACUUGAUGCUGCCUUUUUGGAUGUCUGUGAUAUUGUUUAUUAGGUUUUGUCUGAAUUAUAAAUUAUAAUAUGUGUUUGUAAUGUAGCUUGUGUAACGUUGCUUAUUUUAUGUUUAUAAAGAAAAAUGAUUUGAUAUAAUAGAGCGGGGAAACAUUCUUGCCGUUAUGUGGACAACUGGAUCUUCUCACCGCUGUUGUUGCCAUGUGAAGAGUGAUGAAAUAGGGGAAAGAAAUCUUUGUUUUUUGGGUCAACUGAGGUCACAUCUGACCCGUUCGGUAAGAUGACGCGUGUGGGUUCAGUCAGACAGCUGACUGGAGUCUUACUGAAUGUGGGAGUCUGCAGCUCGGCCUGCGACGCGGGAACAAGUCCACUCUUUAUCUCAUAAGAAGACAAACGAUCUUGCUGUACUAAAACUUUCAAUAGGAAAAAACAAGUGUGGGAAAUAAUCAAACACUUCAUUAAAAGUCCUGCCUUUUGAAGGUUUUCUGGGUUACUCUCACUUCUCUCAGUGCCUUGUUUAAACCGUGGAACUCAUCGGAGCACAACAUGUGUUUUGAAUGCAGGUGAAAAGUAAAACAAAAUGUAUAUUUGUGUAGGGCUAACUGAAAGGAAGUCCAUCUGUAUUCAUUGUUUUUAACAGUUUAGUCAAUCAGAAGUCAUUGUGGCCUCACAGCAUGCGUCCACUUUCCUGCCCCCCCUCCAAAUACAAAAGGCAUUGGACCCGAACAAACUUGGCACACGGGGCUUCAACAGGACCAUCCUCCGCAUGAGUCUGUUUAGUAACACAGUCAUGAUCACCAUUCACCCCACGAGAAAGAACAGCCCUUUCUCACGGUGCGAAACUAUUUCACGCUUCUUUUUUGUUUUUCUCUUUUCUCCAAGAAUGACGGCUAGAAUCGAAGGAUAUAAAAGUUACAGUUGGAAAAAGUCCCAGCAUACUUAGUGGUAUCGAUCAAUAUGGUUCAAUAGAAGGACAUUUUGUAUUUAAAUUUGCAUACCAAGGACAAAUGUUCUCUUUUUCAGAGAAGACAUGUUUAUUAAAUGCUGGAUUAGUUCAUAUUUCAAAUGUCUACUAAGACCUCUGUUCUAUCUUAGGACUCUUUGCAGGCUGGAGUAACACAUAAUAAAUAUUCUGCAGUCUCUGCGAUGUUAUGACUAAAAUGACACUCAUGCCAGCGAUUAGAGGAUUCAGUGUGACUGAUAAUAUGGAAAUAAUAUUACACAAAAGAUUUUAUUUAUUUUGUAAACUUCUGCCACACUCUGUGAAGCUAACCAUUUUAGGACUUGUAACUUUUUUAUGUGCUCAUGUGUGAUGUGAGAUUUUUUUGUGUGUGUACGUAUAUCAAAAGGCUUGAAUGAUGAUAAUAUGAGUUAUAACCUUUUGAAAAUAUAGUUCAUGUGGUAACAUGUUUGAUAUUUUUAAAGCUAUUCAGACAGUAUUAGAAACAAAUUAUUAUUCUCAAAGCAAAACAAAUAUGUUUCCAAUAAAAUAAAUGUUCAUCUGG